CAAUAUUUUAAACCCUAGCGUCUUAGCCAUUUUCAGAAAGCUGGUUGUCAGAAAGCUGAUUGUCAGAAGGUUGUUCUUCUCUGAGAUUUGCGAAGGUCACUAUCGUCGCCGCUAACAUCAUGGCUCGGUUAAUGGGAGGCUCUCUGUUCUCAUCGGCUACUGGUGCUUUUCAGCCAUCCAAAACAGAGUCAGUGGCGAAUUAUUGCAGAAUAUCUGGCCCGGUGAAGUUGCAUUUAUUCCAAGAGCUGGGUGCAAAAGCGUCUGAACUUCAUGGCAAUGGCAUAGCUAGUAACAGGGCUGGUGUUCUGCGGUCGAAUAAGAAAAGCGUUAUACAGGCAAUAUUGCAGAGUGAGAGUGAGGUCGAAACUGCCAAUGGUAGAGGGACUAGAGGUCUGCGAGGGCAGUUGAAUAAGGUUGUUUUGGCUUAUAGUGGUGGCUUAGACACAUCAGUCAUUGUUCCCUGGCUGAGGGAGAAUUAUGGUUGCGAAGUUGUAUGUUUUACUGCAGAUGUUGGUCAGGGCAUGAAGGAAUUGGAAGGUUUGGAAAAGAAGGCUAGAGCAAGUGGGGCUUGUCAAUUGGUGGUGAAGGACUUGAAGGAAGAAUUUGUAAGAGACUUCAUAUUUCCGUGCUUACGUGCUGGUGCAAUUUAUGAAAGAAAAUACCUGCUUGGGACAUCCAUGGCCCGUCCAGUUAUUGCAAAGGCCAUGGUGGAUGUUGCCAAAGAAGUUGGAGCUGAUGCUGUUUCUCAUGGAUGCACUGGGAAAGGAAAUGAUCAGGUACGCUUUGAGUUGGCCUUUUUUGCUCUAAAUCCCAAUCUAAAUGUGGUGGCACCGUGGAGGGAAUGGGAUAUUACUGGAAGAGAAGAUGCUAUUGAAUAUGCCAAGAAGCAUAAUAUACCUGUUCCAGUGACAAAGAAAUCUAUUUACAGUCGAGACCGCAACUUGUGGCAUCUUAGUCAUGAGGGGGACAUUUUGGAGGAUCCAGCAAACGAACCUAAAAAGGACAUGUACAUGAUGUCUACAGAUCCAGAAGACGCGCCAAACGAACCCGAAUACGUCGAAAUAGGGAUUGUCGGAGGUCUCCCUGUUUCUGUCAACGGCGAGGCUCUUUCACCAGCAUCUCUUCUCACCAAACUAAACGAAAUCGGUGGAAAGCAUGGAAUUGGCAGAAUUGACAUGGUUGAAAACCGUCUCGUUGGCAUGAAGAGUCGAGGUGUCUAUGAAACUCCAGGAGGAACCAUCCUUUUCGCAGCCACCCGUGAGCUCGAGUCUCUAACACUCGACCGAGAAACCAUUCAAGUAAAAGACUCCCUCGCCCUCAAAUAUGCAGAGUUGGUUUACGCAGGUAGAUGGUUCGACCCUCUUCGUGAAUCCAUGGAUGCUUUCAUGGAGAAGAUCACAGAACACACAACCGGCACCGUCACUCUCAAGCUUUACAAAGGCUCCGUCCAUGUCGCCAGCCGGCGAAGUAUAUACAGUCUUUACCGGGAAGAUAUCUCGUCCUUCGAAAACGGGCAGAUCUACAAUCAGGCUGAUGCCGCUGGUUUCAUCCGCCUGUAUGGCCUUCCAACCAGAGUCCGGGCAAUGCUGGAAAAGGAGCUCUGAGCCGCCCACUCUCAGACGAUCAACAUACCUUUUUGCACAACAAUCUAAAAGGUAAUUUUAAUCCGUCGAACUGUCUGAAUUUGUUUGAUUGGCUGUUUUAAUGUGUAUACAUCUCUUGUUGUUUCUAUUAGCUUGAAGCUGAUUUUGGUACAUUUAAUUUAGGUUCCAUAAGGGGUCAAAUUUUGUUGGGUUUUUGGCUAUUUGUUCACUUCUCUUGCACGUUAUUAUAAUAGUAUAUUAGAGAUAUUUU